GAAUUUCUUGACUUUCAGUCACUAUUGUAAACACUAUCAGAGAUAUUUAAAGGUAGAAUUUAGUUAUUUCAUUUACCUUGUAUAAUCUAUAAGGUUGUUUCACAAGUGAAACAACUAACUUCAACAAUACUUCCAUGAUGAAGAUUUUCAAAUUUGGCUAAACAUUUCUUACUGAUUAGUUAUGUUUUACCGUGAUUAACAUUAGAUAUAAAGACAAUUUUAAGUGUUUUUUUAAUCAUUAUUACAUUAUUUGUUACCAUGACAAUUCAAUAUAAUUACCAAACAUAUUCAAAUAAGUAUCGGAGACAAUUCAAUAAUGAAUAUAACCCUUAUUAUAAUAAGUAUGACAAUAAUAAAGGUAAAAAUUAUGAUGAUGCAACUCCUACUACUAAUAAUAAUGACAAUUAUAACUAUGGUUACAAUCGUAAACCUGGUAAUAAUUAUCCAUAUAAAAUGUAUCCUAAUAAAAAACGAAAUAAAAUACCUUUAACAAGAAAAUAUAUUAUGGAAGGUGAAGCUAAACAUAUUCAUCAAAAACAUGGUGAAAAACAUAUAAAAGCUGUUGGUGAAUUAUUUGGUUUCACUGAUACAUAUCAAGGAUCUGAUUAUGAAUUAACAACAACAUUUCAUAAAGGUAGUAUAUCUACAAAAUCUGGUAAACCAAAAUAUUUUUCAACUUAUGAUACAGAAGGUUUAAUGAAACAUUAUCAAAAUACACAUGGACGAGCUAAAUUUAAUCUUAAUGCUAAAUCACAUGGACAUGAAAAAUAUAAAGAUAAAAAAGAAAUGAAAGCAACUGUAACAUUUGAAUAUAAUGAUAAUACAAUAGAUGAUGAAUCAAAUUAUUCACCAACAAGUCAUCCAUAUGGAAAAUUAGAAGUGAAUUUUAUUGUUCAAGUGAUUUAAUAUCGACUGCAUUAUGUUAAAAUGUUAGAUGGUUGGAUACAUACCUCAGGAAACCUAUUAUCAUCUAAGAUGUACAUGUAAUCCUGAAGUUAUUGUAAGAUUCGAAAUAGCAUCAUCGAACUAAUAAGCAAUUUUUGUAAUUUGAUCAAUUAUUCACUGUUUUAUUUGUAUUUAACAAUGUUCGACUUUAGGGUAUGAGUAAGAAUAUUAAACUUUUGCGUCUACUAAUAGAAUAUAUAAAACGUUCAGGAACUGUAAUAAAUACAACUAUCGAACUU